AAAAACAACAGAGGAAAUGGCUCAAUAAAAUCGAUACCCAUUCACGAUCCAAAAAUGAAAUUGGUAGGGGGGGAGAGUCUUGCUAGUAAGGGUGAGUCGGGUCAUUUUGAACGCUUUGUAUCAGUUUCUUGUGGUUGCUCCGUAUCCGAUCCCUGGUGAUAGGUUAUAGACUUCGUUUUCACUACUUCGAUUCUAACUACUUUCUCAUUGACUUGACGAUCUUGUAGCUGCUGGAUUUGCGAACGGCGAAGAAGCUGUUAAUAUGUCGGCAGUACUGACAGGCAUGGGGGCUAUAGCAAAGAAUACCGAUUCGACGACUCGUGCACGUCCAGUGCUGGCCUAAAGUUACUUUUAUGGCGAGGCAUGUUAUCAUGCUUUAAUUGAUAGUAAGUGAUUUUUUUUCAAAAACCGAAGUUAUGAUGUAAUGCCGGAGGUUGAGGUUUCUGUCUACAGACAAAAUCAGUGCUCAUCCACUUUAAUACCACCUGCAGUAAUUUGUUCGACUGGGAUCAAUCUUCAUGCAUACUUUGCAUCUGCGAUGAUUUUUGCUUCCUUCUUAAACAAUAGUAGUGACUGAAAUAGUCUUGUUCAAAAUAUUGCUCUUUUUGUAACACUUCAUGUUACAUUUGCCUACAGUGGUAGUACAUAGUAUUACGAAGUAAAUCAAAGUACUGAAGUUGUAUCGUACUUCGAAGUUAGGCACAAGUACUCCUGCUGAUAAUACGAGUCGCUGAGCGAGUCGCUGAUACCAGUGCGUACUCGUACAACUAGUAGAACGCUAAUAGUACGGAGUAGCUGGUGCUAACUACUUGUACCCCUCUAAGCUUAGGUUAAUGCAAUCAUCAAAACGUUGCUGUUCUUGUCAAGAUUAACCUCCAUCAUACGUCUGUUUAUUAUGGAAAUUGCCUUGUGCUCGUCAAUGCAAGUACUAAUUUUGCUUAACCGACUCGACGGAUUUUCUGCUCUGACAGGAUGGUUAUGUAGAUGUACGUAGAAUUGUACACGAUUUCAUACUGUUGCAUUUUUUGUUCCAUUGCGUUCUGUAAUUCAUUUUAUUUUACAGCAUUUAGGUACGGUACUGUACGUUCCGUACAAUACCGGACAACAGAACAAACCUGCUUUUGAGAUUUUUCCCUAAAUAAUGUGACUGUUGUGAGUCACCUGGCGCGUUCAUUUAUCAAUGUGGCGCCAACUGAAAGAGUUUUACCACUUUUUGCUCCUUUUCACGAUCUUGUUCAGUUCGAAUUUGGCGGGAGGACGGCAUCUUUUCGUUCACAAGAGUUGAGUCCCAUAAUAUUAAAAGAGAAUCCGAUCGGUCAGUCCUACCUCCUAAAUCCUUCAAUGCCAAUUGCUUUCUCUCCAUCACUCAUAAUCUGUUGGCAACGGAACGUCAUUUGGACGACAUAAUAUUUUUUCGUGAUCCUACAAAGGCAAAAUGGCGAUCGAGAUACAGACAAUCCAGCAACAGAAGCUGAGACCUAAGCUCUGCAUUCCUGUAUGCACUAACGAUGAUGACGACGACUAUUACGGCAUGGACCCGGAAUUGGCUAGGAAUCGAUCGAAACUAAGAGUUCUUUUUCAUGGUGAGUUCUGUGGUUGCUGCUCUAUCACUCAUUGAUAUGAUUAUCCGAGAAGAAUUAGAAUUUUGAUAUAAUUCCGGCAUCUUGAUUUAAUUUAAUCGUCUGUUCCUUUGUUUGUUCGUCUUCCUCACAUUUGACUUUUCUACAGCUGCAACAUGCCCAUGCGAUGAGUUGAGUGA